AUGCCAAAGGAGAUUAGAGGACCAGCUGGAUGCGACUCAACUCGUCUCGAAUGCCCACGGGUUACGGGUGGCAUUUGCACGCUGCGAUGCCAGAAAGACAGCGAUUGCGCAGAAAAGCACAUUUGCUGCUCGAAUGGAUGCGGCCGUGAGUGUAUGUUACCAGCGAGGACUGGCCCGAUUCAAAGUGAAAUCGAGCCGAUUCGACCAGUGGACGAUAAAUCACCUGUCCAGCAAUUGAGCCCGAUUUCUGUGAAACGAGACAAACCGGGAACGUGUCCACCAGCCGGAGACGAAUUGCCAUGUAGCGACCCUACACUUUGGGCAAUGGAAUAUGUGGUAGCUGGCAGCCCGACAUUCCCGGCUCGUCUGCGUCCUCUCACUGAGACAUCCGGGUGA